AUGGCUGAAAGUGAUCUUGCGCCCAAGUUUGCUCCGUUCUUUUCCUUUGCUGGCAUUGCCGCCGCAAUGGUCUUUGGAUCGGCGGGUGCAGCUUACGGAACGGCAAAGUCGGGGAUUGGGAUUGCGGGCGCAAGCAUCGCUGACCGAACUCUCACCCUACAGUCCCUGAUCCCCGUUGUCAUGUCCGGUAUUAUCGCGGUUUACGGUCUGGUGAUUGCAGUUCUCAUCGCGCAAACGGUGAACCCAACAACGCAAAUGAGCUUGUACACGGGAUUCAUGCAUCUAGCAGCCGGGCUUUCAGUAGGCCUCUCGGGGGUGGCCGCGGGAUAUGCUAUCGGUAUCGUUGGUGACGCGGGUGUUCGAGCUUACAUGCAACAAUCUCGAGUCUAUGUGGGAUUGAUUCUCAUCCUGAUUUUCGGCGAAGUUUUGGGGCUUUACGGUCUCAUUGUUGGGUUGAUUCUGAAUUCGAAGUCUUAG